UAUGUCCACGUUGUCAAAAAUGGGGUAUAAAAUAAGCUUCAAAUACCAGUACUCUAUAGCUCCUGGGACUGUCAAAAAACAUUAAGGAUGAAGUUUUUCCUCGUUUUGUUAUUCGUUGGCUGUGCAUCGGCUUCUUUUUAUGAUGUGCUGGACAGCACCGUCAACCGGGCAGUCCUGGACUUCAUGGUAGGGAUGGAAAACGUUCCGUCACUGAAGAGCGCUGUGGGAUUUGGAUAUGCUGAUCAACUAGACGAGGUAGAAGAAGAUAUUAAGACGGAACUUGGUAAAACUUUGAAAGAAUCACUUGACAACAUUGUUGAGAAGAUCAAAGAUGCUAUUGACAACGGUAAAAAAGUUAGCCAGGACCUCCUUGACAAAGCUGCUGAGAUCACUGAUCAAUUGAAAAACUUGGGAAUCGAUGCUGGCGUAAAAACUCUUGAAUUACUAAAUAAGUUGAAAGACAAAGCCAAGGAGCUACUGAAAAACUUGUUGGAUAAACUGGGUAUCGGAAAACGAAGUCUACGUGAUCUGAUGGACAUGCUUAAAGAAAAAUUAAAUUUGAGAAACUUGAUUGAAACAAUGAAAGAGAAGCUGCUCAGCAAACUGGACCUGCACAAGAUCUCUGAAUACAUUAAGAACAAGUUUGGUAACUUGAAAGAGUUUGGUCUGAAGAUUUUGGAAGCAAUCAAGACCAAAGGAUUAGAAGCUUUGAAAGAUCUUCUGAGGAAGAUCCUACCAUCCUACAACCCAUCAAAUAGCGUAAAGUCGGAGGUUUGCAGCCUUCUACAAAUGCUGAUGAAUAACCUUCCAUUGGACCAGAUUAUUACUUUCAUCAGAAACAAGUUCAGCAAGGACUGGCAGAAGACUCUCAUGGAAGCUCUGACUCGAGGUGGGGUGGAAGCCCUUAAAGUAGUAGUUCGAGAUUUCUGCACUAGUGCGCCAAGUCAUUCCAUUAUUGAUCUGUGGCAGAAGAUCAAGGACUUUUUCAAAGACCUGGGUCUACAGAUACAGGAGAAAUUCUCCAAAUUUGCUGAGUGGGUAAAGACCAUCUGGAACUCCGGUUUAGAGAACGCUAAAGACAAGCUGGCUAUGGUCAAAAUUAUCGCCCAGGAGUUCAUCAACAACGCUAAGGAUGUGAGCGCCGAAGUUGCCCGUGAAGCCCUUGAAUUCUUCAGACCUUACAAGGAUGAUCUUGGAACCUUAUGGGACGAGUUGUAUGAAAAGGCUAAGGGAAUCAUGGGCUAGUAAUGUUGAUCAUUCAAUAAGAAAUCCUCAAUUAUUAUGUAGAAGAAAAAUUGUAUAAAGAAUGAUUAAACAUUUACAGCUUUGGUUCGCAGAAAUCAUUAAUGUAUGUAAAACCUGACAAAUAAAUGACCUUAGUUGAUCAA